CGCUGAAGCUCCACACGUACAGUCACUCCAGUCGACCACAGUAGUUCAGCCAGUGCAGGAAUGUAGCUAACCAAUUUCUCCGCCUCGCCAUGAAAACACGGUGAUUUCAACCGAAAACUAGCAGCCGGCGGGGACCAUGUCACCCCAUGAUGUGGUUAACCGAUGCAAACUGGUCGCCGUGCUUCUUCUCUGGCUUGGUCCCUCUGCUGCAGAUGAACACACAGGUCAUGCAGCAGAGCGCCAGGAGUCUGCUGCAUACAGCUCUGUUGGAUUGGAGGAGGUGGUGUUUGUGAUCCAGAGUCAAAGGAACUCCUACCACGCCCGUCAAGGUGAACAGAGGAGGGUGGAGAUUCUGCAGCAGGCAGCCGAACUGGGACAGGGGGAUCCAGUUGUUGUUCUCCUCCACGAGCUGUCACAGUAUGAAGGGGACUGGAGUGUCCUACCUGCACUUCCUCGUCUCUCUGACACUUACGGCCAAUCGGCAUCCUGGUUUUUCUUCAUAGAGGAGGAAACCAGAGUCGCACUGUCUGCUCUGCUGCAGGUCCUCAGCAGAUAUCCAGUCCAAGAGGAAUGGUUUUUGGGUAAGCGUCUCCAUGACAACGACGCCUCCAUCAUCCACCACUAUGCCUUCUCUGAGGACCCCGCUUCCUUUGGUUACCCAGACCCUGCGGCAGGCUGGGCUGUCAGCACACCACUGCUCCACAGACUCGCUGAGCGGAUCCAACACGAGCAGCUGAAGUCCGAUUUUACCAUCGACCUGAAACAUGAGCUCGCGUUGUAUAUUUGGGAGGAAGGGAAUGGUCCACAGCUGACAGCUGUUCCAGAGUUUUGUACGGAGAUGAGAGACAACUGUGCCACGACAUUCACAACCUACCUGCCGAACUGUGGAGAUCCAGUGCCGAAGGAAGACGUAUUUGUUGCUGUGAAAACUUGCCAAAAAUUCCACACGGACCGAGUGCCAGUGGUGAAAGCAACCUGGGAGAAAGACGCUGGGUUUUUAGAGUUUUACAGCGAUGUCCUCGAUGCCUCCAUACCCACAGUCAGCCUGGGUGUGCCCAAUACUGAGAGAGGACACUGUGGAAAAACGUUUGCCAUCUUGAGGCGGUUCCUGAGCAAAGCUGUGCCAAAGGCCGACUGGCUGGUCAUUGUUGAUGAUGAUACACUCAUCAGCUUACCAAGGUUGCGGCGCCUGCUGCGUUGCUAUGACCCAAAGGAGGCGGUGAGCCUGGGGGAGAGAUACGGCUACGGCCUGGUUCAGAACGGAUACAGCUACACCACCGGAGGAGGAGGGAUGGUGCUAAGUAGGGCGGCGGUGUCCAGGCUAGUUACCAGUGGCUGUAGCUGCUACAGCGACGAUGCUCCUGAUGACAUGGUGCUGGGCAGGUGCUUCACUGCCCUAGGUGUUCCCAUCACACACAGUCCACUGUUCCACCAGGCCAGACCCGAUGACUACUCUGACUCACUGAUCUCCAUGCAACAGGCCAUCUCCUUCCAUAAGCACUGGAACAUCAAUCCCGUGGCUGUCUACAAGCACUGGCUGCGGGACACACACGCACGAGACGAACUGUAGGAACACUGUGUGUAUACGGUAUGUUAGGUUUGCCGACCUUUAGACAAAGAUCAAAUCCAUAUCUGCUCAGUAGAACAGGCAACAUGCCCUGAAACAUAACUAUUAAAAGCCUUGAUAUCCUGCACUGAUAAUAUUUUUUUUAUAUCAACUAAUUAAAUUUCAAUUAAAUCAAAUGACUGUGAGUUGGGGGGCUAAGAAUGGACACCCAAGCCUGCGGCUACACAAAAAUCUGCUUAGCCCCAUUUAGAUGUCUUUGUUUAAUGGUCCGCACGCUGGAUCAAGUCAGAGCAGUGGGACUCGAUUAAAAUGCAAGGACAGUUUGCUGAGUGGAUGCUUGUGAUUCUUUGACCUCCGCUGGAUGAUUGAGAAAUGUGUGGCUGCACCUACUAUCGUAAAACACUGUCGCUUGAUUUUAUUUCUUUUAACCAAUCACUACCGUCUUCAGCAGCUUAAAGUCCAGCAUGCCUGGUAAUAAAAUGGCCAAAUUUGUGCAAAAGUAAAGCUAACAACUACUAGUUUGUUUAGGUUCGAACCGUUAGCGACUAGUUUAGGGUAUCUCGGCCUUUUCAGUGUGCAGGUUGCUUGCUCAGAAGUUAGUAUUGUUGUUUUCUGUUGAGAUUUUGCUAACACACAAAUGGCCGAAGGGGAGGAGAAUGCCAAAUGAAAUAGUCUGCCAACAGAAGGCUUAUACUAAUCGACUGAGUCAGACUGACAUGUAAGCUGCAACAGUUGUGUAGACAUUGAUUUAUAAUAGGACCAGACGCUGAGCCCAAAGGUGGCACCUCUUCUGUCAAACAGCUGCUUGAAUGGCACAUACACCAUGUUUACCAUGUUAACUUCCUGAUUAUGUGGCCAACUGAAUAUGAAUAUAGGCCAGACCCACGACUUUACGUUGUGAUUCUGUCUAAUGCAUCAAAGACUAAUUGCAGUUCGAGGUGUCUGGUGAACAGUUUCUUCUGUCGUAAUGGUCUGUGGGGAAAAGGCUUAUCACGCCACAGGGGAAUUUUCAGCGCCAUUGAGGGCUUUGCUGUAUGCAAAACUUAAUAAUAGAUUGAUGUGUAUUAGCCAUAAAAAUGAGCAUGGUUGUUUGUGCUGACGGCCUGUUUAAAGUUUUUCCUGCCCCGCAGUGGCCAAAGAUUUCUGUAACACUCCCUUGUAGAGAAUGUCUACCACCAAGCAAGUGGAUCUGCAGGCCUUGGAGCUGAAAAUCGUGGCAACAUGCUCCCAGUGACAUGCAGAUUACCGUGCAUCCAUUUGUUUGUUUAUUGGGAAAGCUCCGGUCCGACUGACUGACCUCACUGCUAGCGUUGCCAAAAAUUGGAAACUGUGAAUUUCUAUAGAAGCUGGAGAAAUUUCACUUGACAUCACUCUCAGCUUUAUUCCUGUGUCGUAGCCCUUAUAGGGAUUGUAUCAGAGCACACACUGAUGUGAGCAUGUCACUGCUGUCACUUUACCCCCACCCAACUUGAACAAAACCCAAAACAAACAUGUUUGAUUGAUUUAAAUUGAUCAUGUGUUGAUGUAUUUGUUAUAGUGUCAAUUUGUUUGUCAUUUGGGGCAAUUGGGUGUUACAGAGAGCAAUAUUAAAAAUGUUAAUGACCUGCGUUCUAUUAGGCAAGUGCCAGCCAGAGUUGACUUUAUUUUAUUCUAAUUUAUUUAUUUAUCCAGUUAAGUCUCUUCAGGGUGGAGACCUGACCAUGACUGCAACAUAAAAGGUUGAAGACAAAACAAAACAAAAUAAGGCAGCAGCUAAAAUAAAAUACCAAAAACAGGUAACAACACAAAGAAGGCUAAAAUAAUCCAAGAAUAUAGACAAGACAAAGGAUUCAUUUACCACAGAAUUUAUAAUUCUAUCAGAUUCCUCAAUUUAAGCUUUAUUUUAACUGUCUAACAGAUAAUAAUACCGUGAAGAUAUUCAUUUCAGCAAUUUUUCAAAAAUGUAAUUUGUGUUCAUUCCACUUUCAGACAAACACGCUUUUUGAUGUCAGUAGUAAUUUCUGAAAACAUAUUAGUUAGUUUUCCCAAAAUGUUGAACAAUUCUUUCAAAUUUUUUAAACAUAUUUGUAGUAUCUCUGAAAUGUGUGUUCAUGUUUUUUUUAAUGAAGUUGGGUGAAUAUGAUUGUGUGAAUGAAUCUAUGAUGGAGGAAUUUUUUGAUAGAAGAAAACUGUACUUUUGAUGUGUGAACAACAAAACUGUGCGUAUGUGACAGUUUGGAUGGCGAGCCUGCACUAACAUGCCAUUCUGCAGCUGUUUAUUUUGCAUAUAUGAAUGCUUGCGUGUACCCGCUUUAAACCUGUUGUUUCCUUAAAUCGCUCAAGACUUUUUUAAUCAUUUGAAAAUAAAGUGUUCACUGGAUUGAACAAAACGUUGUGUGC